CGUAUUGGGCGCAGGCGCGACGCACAAGGUCGUCUCAGUAGUAGUGUAAGCAUGAUGUCUCUAGCUGCCCGGUCAGGGGCAUUUUCCCCUUACAUGCAGGCUACAGCAUAUGCUGUAGCAGGGCCCCUGAAACCUCUGGUACCGGGUGUUAUUGUAAAGGCAGAGAAGUUACUGAUGGACCCAAAGAAACCGUACCUGUGCCGAGAGACACUGAGCGGUCAAAGCCCAAAGACAGGCCCUGCUGUAACAGUUAGCAUCAACGGAUGUGCAGGAGUCAGGUUUGCUCACACCGACAUCAGAGUACCAGAUUUCUCUGACUACAGGCGUUCAGAGGUGAUCGACCCCCACAAGUCAUCCCAGGAGAGCAGUGAAUCCAGGAGAACCUUCUCUUACCUGUUUACUGGAGUUACUGCUGUAGUUGGUGUCUAUGCUGCCAAGACAGUGGUGACUCAGUUUGUUUCCUCCAUGAGUGCCUCAGCUGACGUCUUGGCUUUGUCAAAGAUCGAGAUCAAGCUGGGUGACAUCCCUGAAGGGAAGAACAUGACCUUCAAGUGGCGAGGUAAACCGCUGUUCGUACGUCACCGCACUGAGAAGGAGAUUGAAGCAGAAGCUGCCGUCAGCCUUUCAGAGCUACGAGACCCUCAGCAUGACAGGGAUCGGGUCCUCAACCCCAAAUGGGUGAUUGUACUAGGUGUGUGCACACAUCUGGGCUGUGUGCCCAUCGCCAACGCAGGAGAUUAUGGAGGUUACUACUGCCCCUGUCACGGCUCACACUAUGAUGCCUCUGGCCGCAUCAGAAGAGGCCCUGCCCCUCUCAACCUGGAGGUCCCACACUACGAGUUUCCAGAUGAUGGCACAGUAAUUGUUGGAUAAACGACAUUCACAGACAGGUGGCUUAAUUCUCCAACUUUCAGUCUGUCCCAAAUAAAAAGGCUGAGCCAAAUGCAACUGGGGGCGAGGCGACUGCAGUCCUCUAUGGUAACAUCUGCCUUUUAAUUUUAUGCUUAUAGUCCCCAGUUCUCUUCAAACAUGGAAGCCGAAGCUGCUCUGUUUUGUCAGGGCUUUUAAAUUCUAUCCUAUUAUUAGUUAUAGUUGGACACUUGGAAGAUGCCAUCCUCUGCUUAUUCUCAUCUGUUGAAUAUGAUGUAAAAGUAAAUUAAACCGUUGUUGUUCAUUUGCUUUUGUGCUAAGUGUGGCCAAUAAAGAUUUCUAUUUUAUUUGA